AUGUCUUCUACAGGAUUUUCGGUCGACAAUUCUUUCCUGUCUGAUGAGACUCUACAUGAAGCUUAUGAGCUUGAAGUUCAAUCGAAAAAUGGUGAGCCCGUUCGCUUCGGUGAGCUGGUUGCUGGGAAGGGGGACUCAGUCACCACAGUGGUCAUCUUUGUCAGACACUUUUUCUGUAUCUAUGAUCAAGACUAUGUCCGCAAUCUCGCUGGGCAGAUGACCCAUACAAUACUCGAAACGAUACCAAAUCAUGCCAAGCCGGCACAGGUUAUAAUUAUCGGUUGCGGUGAUCACACCCUUAUCGGACCAUACAUGGAGGAAACAUCCGACGCCUUCCCAAUAUAUACCGAUCCGACAGCAAAGAUAUAUAAGGAGCUCAAGAUGAAGAGAACCUGGACGGGAUUCAGUGAACCACCGCCGUACUCACUUGAAUCGUUCCCUAGCGCUCUAUACAAGGACCUCAAGCAGAGAUGGAAACGCGGAUGGUCUGGGCUCAAGGGCGGUGCUGGAAAUCAACAAGGGGGCGAAUGGAUCUUCCAAAGAGGACAGUUGAAAUAUGCGCAUCGUAUGCAGGGCGCGAAUGAUCAUUUAACGGCGGAUCGCUUGCUCAAUAUUUUGACAGUGGAUCAAGGUCAAGGGGAGAAAGACUGA